AUGGCAAAAAAAGUCUCCUGGCACGACCAAGUCCUCCCCGCAAUCAACUCCCUCAAAUCAGAAAUCCGCACUCUCCAGAUCAAGCCCGGCCCCCCAGACUCCCCUCUACGCUGCAAAUUCCACGUAUCAACCCUCGACGACCUCGACUUCCCCUACGAAGCCCUCUCGUACGCCUGGGGAAACGACAAUCCCAACACCUAUGAAGACAUCUUCUUUGGAGACAACAAUGUCGGAGUCACGCCGUCACUGGCCGAUGCCCUCCGACGACUGCGGCUCCCCGAUCAACCACGACACGUCUGGGCCGACGCCCUGUGCAUCAACCAGACGGACAAUCUCGAAAAGUCGCUGCAAGUCUCCAUGAUGGGCCGCAUCUACAACAAGUGCAGGCAAGGCGCCAUCUGGCUCGGCUCCCUGGGCGACAUCGCCGAGUCCGACGCCCAAGCAGCCCUCGACACCCUCUCCUGGAUCGCGGGCGACCAAAACCCUCCCCCCUGGCUAGACGACGAACAGAAAAGAAUCGCCGCCGCCGCCGCCUUGAAGACCGUCCUCAACGUAUCCUGGUGGUCCCGCAUCUGGACCGUCCAAGAGGCAAUCCUCCCCCCGACAGCCACCAUCUACUGGGGCCCCUGCGAACUCCCCUGGGCCGUCCUCGACAAAGCCUCCGAGAGCUUCUUCAACGACAAGGCGCCCGCAAUCCACCACGAGUUCUGGGACAACGGCUGCCUCCUCAACCUCCAAGGCUCCCUCCGCGGCCUCGGCGCCUCCCGCGAAGAAGAGCUCUUCCAGCUCCUCUGGCGCUGGCGCUUCCGCUCCGCGACGGACCCCCGCGACAAAGUCUACGGCGUCCUCGGCUUCCGCCAAGACGUCUCUCUGCCCUCCGUCAAGAUGUGCAACUACGAGGUCGACGUGCGCACGCUCUACCACACCGUCACCAUCGACCUCAUCGACAGGAGCACCGACCUGCAGCCCCUGAUCGGCCGCGGCGGCGAAGGAACCGACAUCCCGGGCCUCGCAUCGUGGGCCGUCGACUGGAGCGGCGUCAAGGACGAAGCCAGACGCAGCAGGUGCAACUUCUGGGACCAUCACCACUGGUGGCACUGGGGCGGCUUCGAGGCAGAUCGCGGAAUGUUCGGUGUUGGCGAGGGCCUCAGAGUCGAGGACAACAACACUGCGCUCCGCAUCUGCGGCCUGAAGCUCAGCCGCGUCGCUCUGGUAGAGGAGAUUGCAGCUGGCGAGGAUAUUGCCGGCGAGGGCUCAGUCGCUUCCAUCUUCCGCUCAUACGGCAACCGAUGGGGCAAACUCUUGUCGAGAUAUCACCAGCAGUUCCCAGACAAGCUCUCUGACGGCGGAUUCACAGCGUUCCUGGGGCUCAUCACGGGCAGCCUAUCGCCAGAUGGAUCCGACGACGAAGACAAUCCGAACGAAUGGGUAAAUAAAAUGGUUCGGUCACAGGCCAUCUUCAUCACCGAGGAUGAGCAUGUCGGGCUUGGCCCCCAAAAUGUUCAGCCAGGUCAGGAACUCUGGAUCAUUGGUGGGUGCAGGGUGCCUGUCAUCUUGAAUGCUCUACCGAAAGCGUCUGAUGAAGAGUCAGAUCCGAGUUUGACCUUUCACAGCGAAUGUUUUGUCUACGGUGUCAUGAAGGGAGAGGCUGUAGAGGGUCGAGAAGAAGAAGUGAUUGAAAUCUUGCUUCGUUAA